GGAGGAGCUAUCGCCACCCUGUGCCGGGGCCUGGGCCCGCGGAGGCCGCGCCCGGCCCGGCGGAGCUUUGCCGUGGCCGGGCGGGCCGCGGAGCCGCCAUGAAGGCGAGCGGAGAGGAGCCGGUCCUGCUGGCGGAGCUGAAGCCGGGCCGUCCCCAGCGCUACGACUGGAAAUCCAGCUGCGAGACCUGGAGCGUCGCCUUCUCCCCCGACGGCGCCUGGUUUGCCUGGUCGCAGGGGCACUGCGUGGUCAAGCUGAUCCCCUGGCCCCUGGGGGAGGCCGAGCUCAGCUGCAAAGCCUCGGAGCGCAAGAGCCGCGGCGGCAAAGCGGAGGCGAGGAGCCGAGGGGCGGCCAAGGAGAAGACGCUGGAGUGCGGCCAGAUCGUGUGGGGCCUGGCUUUCAGCGCCUGGCCGGCGGCAGAGGAGGGUGAGACGGACCCUGGCUGCGCCGGGGGUCUUCCCUGCCUGAUCCUGGCCACCGGGCUCAACGACGGGCAGAUCAAGGUCUGGGAGGUGCAGACAGGACACCUCCUCUUCAGCCUCUUGGGGCACCAGGAUGUUGUCAGAGACCUGAGCUUUGCUCCCAAUGGAAGCCUCAUCCUUGUGUCGGCCUCGCGGGACAAGACCUUGCGCGUCUGGGACCUGAGCAGGGAUGGGCGGCAGGUCCAGGUGCUGUCGGGCCACGUGCAGUGGGUCUACUGCUGCUCCAUCUCCCCAGACUGCAGCAUGCUCUGCUCCGCGGCCGGAGAGAAGUCGGCGCUGCUGUGGAGCAUGCGGUCCUACACCCUCAUCCGGAGGCUGGAGGGGCACCAGAGCAGCGUGGUGUCGUGCGACUUCUCGCCGGACUCGGCGCUCCUCGUCACCGCCUCCUACGACGCCUGUGUCAUCAUGUGGGACCCCUACACCGGGGAGCAGCUGAGGACGCUGCGCCACGUCCCCUUGCACUCGGUGGUGGACUACAGCAGCGAAGUCCACACCAGCUCCCUGCGCUCCAUCUGCUUCUCUCCUGAGGGCCUCUACCUGGCCACGGUGGCGGAUGACAGGCUCCUGAGGAUCUGGGCGUUGGAGCUGCGGUCGCCGGUUGCGUUUGCUCCCAUGACCAACGGCCUGUGCUGCAUGUACUUUCCACACGGCGGUUUCAUUGCCACAGGGACCAGAGAUGGCCACGUCCAGUUCUGGACUGCUCCAAGGGUCCUCUCGUCGCUAAAGCACUUGUGUCGCAAAGCUCUGCGCACCUUCCUGACGACAUACCAGGUCCUGGCGCUCCCCAUUCCCAGGAAGCUGAAGGAAUUCCUCACUUACCGGACCUUUUAAGGCGGCGUGGAAAGCAGAGGCACGGAGGCGAGAGCCCUCUGCCUGGUGGUGGGGCUCGGCCUGGGUCAGAGGAGGCACCGCAGCAACGAUGUCUCGCUGAUUCGUGAGCUGUGGGGCAGGAGGAUUGCUGCUCCCCUUGUUUUGGGGCUCCGUCUGUGAACGCGGAGGGAUUUUUUGGUAUAAUAAUACUAGGACCCAGCAAAAAUGCAUGCAGAGGGCAAGGGGCACGGCUGCGGUGGCUCCGCCGGGGACACGGGUCCCCCUGUCCCCCUGCUAGCUGCAAGUUUGGGGUCAGGUGCUUUUGCUUCCAAGUGCAAUGUUGUGGGUUGAAGGGUAGCAGCCACAGCCUGAGCAGAGCUUUUGUUGUUCGUACGAAUACAGGGGGGGGCUACAACUGUCCCCAACAAAACCGACCCUCACCGGAACCGGCUCGUACUGUAGCUUAGUUCCCGGAGGAGUGUGGUCUCUGCUGCUCUCCAGGUCUGGCCGUGAGCUGGACAAACCCGAGGUCUUUGCGGGCUAGACGACAGCGAUGACAGAAUAAAAAACGAUUCCUCACCUCUU